AUGAAUCGACUAGUUUUUUUUUUUUUUAUUCUGAUAUCUACUGUUAUAUACAGUAAAGCCAACCGUUUACAUGUUCACGAUAAGUUAGUUCGUUUAGAACCAUCAACUGAUGAACAUAUAAGAUAUCUUCAAAAUCUUGAACAAUAUACUUCACUCGAUUUUUGGACUGAAAUUAUAGGACCAAAUAAACCAAUUGAUGUUCAUAUAAAAGCAAAUGAAUAUGAUCAAUAUGUUUCACAAUUUCAAGAAUAUUCAUUACCAUUUAGUGUUCUUGUUGAUGAUUUACAAAAAAUUAUUGAUGAUGAACAACAACAACUUGCAGCUGAUUAUUUAAUAAGACAAACGAAAAGUCUUUUACUUGGACAAACUAAAGUAGAUAUUGUUGGAACAUAUGCUAGUUAUGAUGAUAUAGUAACAUUUAUUCAAGACAAAGCAAAGGCUGAUCCAACACAUAUAAAUGUUAUUAAUAUUGGUAAUAGCCAUGAAGGUCGACCAAUAAAUAUUCUUUCUAUACAAUUUAAUCCAUCAUCAACACGAAAUAUUUGGAUCGAUUGUGGUAUUCAUGCAAGAGAAUGGAUUACACCAGCUACAUGCGUUUGGAUGGUUGAUAAAUUAAUUCAAGAUUAUAAUAAUAAUGAGCCUGCCGUUGUAGACUUACUCAAUUAUUGGACUGUUUAUAUUGCUCCAGUACUUAAUCCUGAUGGAUAUCAAUUUACUCGAACUAAUGAUCGAUUAUGGCGUAAGAAUCGUAGAAACAAUAAUUAUCUUGGUUGUUAUGGUGUUGAUCUCAAUCGUAAUUAUCCAAUAAAAUGGAUGACAGGUGGUGCUAGCAACUUUGCAUGCAGCGAAACAUACGGUGGUUCAUCAGCUCAAAGUGAAAUUGAAACACAAAAUGUAGUUAAUUUUCUUAAUGCAAAAAAAGGUACAUGGGAUAUGUAUAUGUCUUUUCAUUCAUAUGGACAAUUGUGGUUGUUACCGUAUGGUUAUGGAAAUAGUUUUCCACCUAAUUAUCAGAAACAAGUAGCAGCAGCACAAAAGGGUACAGACGCUAUUAAAGUAGUUAAUGCGAGUAGAACAUAUACAAUAGGUACUAUUGCUAAUGUAUUAUAUAUUGCUAGUGGUAGUACUGUUGAUUGGGCUUAUGAUGGUUUAGAUAUUCCUUAUUCAGCUACAAUUGAACUUCCACCAACACAAUCGGGAUCAUCAAAUGGUUUUAUUUUACCACCAGAACAAGCACCUGGUGUGUGUCAUGAAGCAUAUGUUGGUAUGAUAGCAUUUUUGGCUGAAGUUAAGAAUGAAGUUAGCCGAACAUUAAAUGGUUAA